AUGAUAGCAGCCCUGCUCUUCGCCCUCGCGGCGGCAGCGCAUCCCCAACACUCACACACACACGCCCCCCGCGCCCCCGCACCAGGAUGGUCCGACCGUGGGUGUGUGCAAGACAGCGCCGCCGCCCGCGUCCUCGACACGCUCGCAUACCAGGGCGCCCUGAACAGCCCGGCGCACUGCACCAAGCUAUGCGGUGACAACAUGUACUCGUUUGCUGGUGUGGAGAACGGACAGCAGUGCUACUGCGCCCGCGAGAUGAAGAGCACGCCUGCGUCCGCGAGCGACUGCACGUCCCCAUGUCCCGGCGACGCGGGUGAGACAUGUGGCGGCGCCACGUCCCUCCAUCUCUUCGAGCUGGUCGGUGCUGGUGCUGGUACUGGUGCGAGCGCGAGCGGUGCCGCCUCUAAUGCCGCGUCUUCGGCAGCCACGACCGCCUCCGCCACCGCCGCCGCCGCUGCCGGCGCAGCGCCCCCCGCCGUCUCCGGCACGGGCGACGCCGUGACGCAGCAAGCGGCCGUCCCGGCGUCCAGCGCGACAAAGUACGUGUGGGCACACCACAUGAUUGGCAACACCGAGUUCUACACGUCCGCGAACUGGACGGCGGACGUGGAUCUCGCCAAGCGCGCGGGGAUCGACGGCUUCGCCCUCAACAUGGGCCGGGACGCGUAUCAGCCGCAGAACGUCGAGUGGGCGUAUGCGGCAGCGGGCGCCGCGGGCCUCAAGUGUUUCUUCUCGUUCGACAUGACGAGCUUUCCGUGCAUGAACGCCAGCGAUGUGAGCGCCGUCGCCGAGCUUGCGAAGAAGUAUGCCGCGCACCCCGCACAAGCUAUGUACGGGGGCAAGGUGCUCGUCAGCACGUUUUCAGGCGAGCGGUGUACGUUUGGCCAGGCGAGCGUCGCGGCUGGAUGGGACGCCGUGCGGCGCGCCAUCGGCACAGAAAUCUACUUUAUGCCGUCGACGUUCAUGACUACCGCCCAAGUUAAAGAGGGGAGGUGGUACGACGGCCAGAUGCAUUGGGACGCUGCGUGGCCGCAGGGCCCCGAGGCGCUCACGACGCAGAACGACACCGAGUGGAUCGCCGCCCUCGGUACGAAAGGGUAUAUGCCUCCCGUGUCGCCGUUCUUCUUCACCUACUACGGAAAGGACAGCUGGGACAAGAACUGGAUUUAUCGUUCGGACGACUGGCUCCUCGCUACCCGCUUCGAGCAGGUCAUCGGCAUGCGCGACAAGGUGGACAUGCUUGAGCUGCUGAGCUGGAAUGACUUCGGCGAGUCGCACUACAUCGCGCCGGUGCCCGCGGCCUCCGCCCAGCCCAAGUCGGACGGGUGGACGCGCGGGAUGCCGCACACGGGCCUGCUCUCACUGGUGAAGCACUACGCGACGGUGUUCCGCACGGGCGCGCCGCCGGCCGACGAAGGCCUGUGGCUCUGGACGAGGCCGCACCCGAAGGACGCGACGCCCAACGCGCCCUCCCUCCCGCGCCCCGCGCGCGCCGACGACACCGAUGACAACUUGUACGCUGUCGCGUACCUCACCUCGCCCGCGCGCGUGCGGAUCUGGAGCGGCGCCUCGAGCGCCGCGUGGGACUUGCAGGCCGGCCUCGCCAAGCUCAAGGUUCCUAGUGCGGCGGGCGCUGUCGGCGGCGAAGUUACGCGUGACGGCAAGGCCGUGCUGCGCUUCGAUAGUGGCAGUUGGGCGUAUACCGACAAACCGGCAGAUUACAACUUUAACUACUUUGUUGGCGAGGGGUGA